AUGAUGUCCCUCGAUGAGUUAUUAGGUGCAAUUUAUGUUUUGGUAUGGUCGAUAUCAAUGUAUACGCCUAUUAUCACCAAUUGGAGAUUUAAAUCUUCUGCCGCUAUAUCUGUUGAUUUUUUAAUGCUGAACAUAGUAGGUUAUAUGCUUUUAACAGCUUCCAUGUAUUUACAGUUGUAUUCAUGGUUACCAGUAUCUGAAGAAUUGAACAAAUUGGAUAAUAUUAAUAACACAGAAUAUAUUCCAAGACCUAAAAUAACCGAAUUUGAUUUAUUCUAUACAUUCCAUGGUUUUCUAUUGAAUAUUGUAUUAGCCACCCAAGUGUAUUUUCCAAGACUAUGGAAAUUUAGAGUUGAAAAGACUUCAGAGAUGAAAUUACUAUACAGCAGGAUAUUAUCGGCAACACUUAUUUUAUUUUCCUUUGCAACUGGCCAUUUCAUAUACUAUAAUGAUAACAAUGGCUGGAGUAACGUAAGGACGUUGUCAUAUUGUAACAAAUUAUUCGCAUUAAAGUUAGUAAUGUCAUUAGUCAAAUACCUACCUCAAGUUAAACAUAACUUUGAAAGAAAAUCAAUGAAAGGAUUUUCGAUAAGUGGCACAUUUUUAGAUGCCAUUGGUGGUAUUGCAUCGUUAUUGCAAUUGUGUUUACAAUUAUAUAAUGAUGAAGGAUUUAGUGUGAAGUUAAUGGUAACCAAUUUUGGGAAAAUAGGUUUAGGAAUUAUCACAUUAAUAUUUGAUUUUAUAUUUUUAACGCAAUGGAAUUUGUAUAAGGAAUCAGAUAUUCAAACGACAAAGAAUAUCGAGGGAAGUGAUUACAGACAAAAUGAUGAUUUUAAGAUACAGUAG